GCAAACAAAGUUAAUCGAACGAGAUGGAGAGCGAACCAGAGGAGAAGGAAAAGAGAUUGUCGUUCGACACAAAACCUACGGAGGAUACUAAAACUGAUCAAAUUAAUCAGACCGAACCGAUCGAACAAAGCGACGAAGCCGAACGAACUAAACGCGGGGAGAAUGAUAAGAAUGAUAAAAUUGAAAGUACGGAUGACGGCGAGGAGGAACCUCGGCCAGAAGAUAUUUAUGAUGAUGACGACGAUUACUUAGAAUUCUCCGAUUACGAAUUGAUAUCGAAAUACGACAAGGAUUGGGGUGAGGAGGAUAUAAAAACCGUGUCCAGCGUGACUGUGGAUUGGGAGAAGGAAGCAAAGGAGACGGUGCGAUUGGACACGACCGCGUUAAGAGAGAGACGCAGAACGAUCUUCGAAUUAGACUCUUACGUCUCCUCGGGACCAUCGGCCGGCGACAUAGAGAAGCUCGCUUCGAAAGAUUUUACGCCCCCGAGCCCUCGGAAAGAAAUUCGUUAUUCCGUUUCUCUGGGUGCACCGGGUAUAGCCAGGAUCAAUUUGUCCCCGUUAACGCAGAAAGUGGUCGGCUGCGUUGUAGGGGAGAACGUCAGCACCGAAUAUCCCUGGGUAUACGUGAGGAAAGAGAUAAUCGAGGACAAUAUAGAUCUCCACGAAGAGAGCAGCGACUUUUUGGCUGUAAAGGACGAGAUCAGCCGUUUCCCGAACACGAAGAUCUUGAUCGGUUACGUCCCCUCGCUGACCGCGGAAGGCCAGUUCUACAUAUGCCUGACCGAAGAAGGCCGAGACGCGGUGAUCGAACAUAUCCAGAAACAGAGGGUGGAACAUGAAAAUCGAGUGCGGACGGCCGUCUACAAGCCGUUGGGAGAAUGGAUGGAUCUCACCAGUAGCACGGAGAUCGAAGCGAGCAUCGUUAAAAAGACCAGACCACUUUUAGAAAUCGAGGUGAUAGGCACGGCGGACGUGCUCAACGUGCAACUCAAUCUCGUAGACAGAAGGGUCGAAGACGUCAGAGACGGAUACAUCGAGCUUCUGCCUUAUCGUCAAACCUUUGAGAACGUAUCGCGAAAGUUGUUGUACAACGAUACCCAAGUCAGCCCGAUCGUUCGGAACGUGAAAACUCAAACGGUGCUCUCGGUACCCAGGAAUUGUUGGGUUCAAUACGAGUACACGUACGAAUCUCCCGAUAUAGCGAGUUUCACCGAGGAGAAACUGGAAUCGUUGAAAGGUUUCCUCAAUCGUUUCACCGACCACGUCUGCGAUCAACUGAUGGUAAACGCUACCUGGGACAUUUACGACCACGAUUACGAGAAACUGGUGAGGAACGUAAGGGACACGCAGUGGCCUAUACCCGUCAGCUACCGGGAACAUUUGAGUUUCCACGACGAGAAACACGUGGUCAACAAAGUUAUUAACGAUCUGUGCUGGCACCCGCUCUGGAGCGGCAUAGCGUUCUCCGCUUACACCAGCUAUGGCAAGAGCCAACAUCUCGCAGGCCCUAAAUCUGACGCCGAGGUGGUCAAAGCUUGCGAGAAUAAUUUCGUUCUCGUCUGGUCGUUCAACGAUUGCUUGUCACCGAAAUUGGUAUUGGAAUGUCCGAGGGAAGUGACGUCCGUAGCCGUGAAUCAGUUGGACAGCAAUCUGGUCGUCGGUGGUUGCGCGAACGGUCAAUUAAGUAUCGGUGGAAAAUUGGUGUCCCGAGCAAAUCCCGACGAACGAAUUCAAUUACAGAUCGUGAUCUGGCAUAUUCCCGGAAAAAUCGAGAAGGUCGAAGCGGUAAUCGUUCAGACGGCCGCUCAAUUGAGGCAUAGGAUCACGAUAAAAAGUUUGACUACGUGGAUGCAGGAAAUAGUAGGAACGUCGAUAGUCAGACCGACCGCGAUGUCCUCGUUGAAAGACAGUCAAAGGGCGGCGGUGACUCGGGUCACGUGGAUCUCGCCGUACGACAAGCUGGACAUAACCGGUAGAAUCGUAUCGUUACCGGAGGACACGCCCGUCGACGAUCUGUCCUCGCAAUUCAUUACCGCCAGCGAGGACGGUACGAUCGCGUUCUGGGAUUUAAAGUUGGAGAGGUGGCAGUCGUACGAGAAGAAAGUUCGCAAGAAGAAAGGGCAAGUGAAGAGGCCGGAAGGAUUGGAGCAGGCGAUAUCCCCGUUCAAGAAAUUGGACCGCGUGUUCAAGCCUCAUUACGUCUUGAAGGUGCAACAUCCGCACGAGAGUCGAAACGUUGUGAUCACCACCAUCACCGUGCACGUGCACGAACUCGAGAAGGAACGUAUAGACGUUACUCCGGCCGAGGCGGACGUAACGAUUCGUAGGUUCUUUCGGAACGUGGUCAAGAAACCGGAGAUCGAGAUGAAACCGAUAAUACACGUCGGUACCGUGGAAGGCGAUUUCGGUUGCGUCACGUGGGAAGGGUACGAUUUUACCACGGAUCUAGCUAUCAACAGCGAGACGUGCGAUUGGAUCUGGUUCAACAAGGUACACGACGGCCCGAUAACGGGUUGCGUCAGGUCGAAACAGGACGGAAGAUGGAUCGCUACCAUAGGUGGGAAGGUAUUUGCCAUUUGGAGAGACGAUAUCGGUAUACCGCUGAUAUGGAAGAAAUCGGACGUCAGCUUCACCGCCGUCACGUGGGGAAGUUUACGUCCUACUCUACUUCUUCUCUCGAGAAUGGACGGUAGCGUGGAAAUAUGGGACUUUAUGAUAAAGAGCGAAGAACCGUGCGUGACCCAGAGUCUGUCGGGUCGCAUAAUCACGGGAAUUUAUAGCCACGACUUGUCUGUAGACCCCCAGUGCGUAGGUUUCUGCGAUUUCAAUGGUAUUUUAAGGCUGUUCCUGGCUCCUGCCGUUUUCCUUCGAACGGACGAUCCGACCAUGGACUGGAUGGAGAACUUCAUCGAUCGGCAGAUAGAAAGAGUGAAAAAUUGUAAAGCAUGGACGGAAAAAUGGUUGGAAAAUCAAAAGGAGAUCGAAGAGAAGAUGAGAUUGGCGAAAGACGCGGAGAUAAAGAUGCAGCUGGAGGAAGAGCAGAGAAUUUUUGCUAGAACGGUAGAGACGGAAGUUGCCGAGGAGCCUGUGGCAAGGAGCUUGAAACCGUGGGAGCUGAUCCAAGAAGCGCGAGAGAAAUGGAAAGAGAGGGAGUUGAAGCAUAUGCAGCAGGUGAUUUUGGAGAAGAAGGGUUUGAAGAAGGACGAUCUCGAGAAGCAACGUGAACCUAUUCUGAAGUUGCGCCAAGACGCGGAGAGGAAAAAGAAGAGGUUGAGGGACACGUUGAAGAUGCAACAGAGCAUCUUCGAACACACCAGGAACCUCUUCUUCCCUACCCAACAGUCGGAGACGAGAAAGGUGUCGUUGCCGCCCGUUCGGAGGAAAACGGAAAUUGCCGAGGAGGAUAGUAUACUCGCGCAGGAAGUGAUGGACCUGCAACGCGUCGAUCCGAGCGAGGAGAUCAUAUACCACUUUAUGGAAACACAGGCUAAAGUGUUGGCCGAUUUACAGAAGAACCCGUUCCAGCAUUCGUUCGACUGGAGGAAAAUCUUAGAAAAGGGUAGAACGAGACGCGCCACGAUGGACGUCGGAUUGAGAAAAUUGAGUAGAUCCAAGAGAAUCAGCAAAGUUUGAAAAGUUUCAAUUAAGAAUAAACGAUUGCGUUGAACGCGCGCGUGUAUUGUCAAAUUUAGCUGCAUCGGUAGCGAGCGGAACGAAGACGGUGAAACGGGGGAUGCAAUGGUUGUAAAAUUUCCACUGCCGCGAUAAAUGAAUCACGAUCACGAGGUGAUUCAUGAUCGUAGGUCAGCCGACGUUUCACUUCACUGGCUCGCACGUACAAUGUCUGGUAUUGGUCGUAAGAAGGACUCGAGCAGACUAACGAGAACAAUUGAGAAACCUGCCACCGCGUACAUCGUAAACGUUUCAGUUUCGUUGCGCGAAAAAUUAAGGAAGCAGCAACCGCAACAAUUCUCGGCCCGUAAUUGGAUGCAGAACGUUUCGCAAAUUUGUUUACGGACGUUCGAUUUAUGCAGAUCAGAUUGCUCAACCGCUUAACUUCCGUCCGAGGAAUCGAGUUUCUUUCUCUUACGAUAUUAUAUAAGAAGCUAUUAUUGCGUUGCGCGAGUUCACACGUUCACGUUAUUAGUCGGAAUAAUUGAUAAAAAUACCACGUAAAUACUCAACGAGAAGCAUUGCGCAAUCGAUAGGAAUCUAAUCCUCGUCUAAAAAAUAGUUGAACCAUCGAAAUAACAUGAAGUGGCGUUUCAGGUGGAGUUAUCAUUUUUACUCGAUCGCCUGAUAGCGAUACCACUUAUCUCCAGCCAAAUCUAUCGUCCUGUUCGACUAUCGUCUAGUCGUGAUAUACAUUAU